GUCUGACCUCGUACACAGCAGGUACCUCGCCCCUGUCAAGUUUCGCGGGACCGAGAAGCACAGCUGUCAAUCAAGCAUCCACCUGUCUACAUGGUUGGGUGCACCGAUCAGCAGCCCUGAGCUCCAACAGCCAGACUCGCGAUUCCAGAGUCGCCCGACCAUGCUUCACUCUCGACGACCCACGCGCUCUUCCUCGUAGCCACAUGGCACUGAUCAUCACCGGGAAAUCUCCAAAACCAUGUUCUCUGCCAUAGCGACUGCUCCGGCCAAGCAGUCGGUGGGCGAAACGAUCUCCGUCCUCAGCGGCCGUCUGAGCUCGGCCACCCUGCUUGAAGACCGGCGCGCCGCCAUCCAAGGGCUGCGCAGCUUCGCAAAGGACUACCCAGCCUCUGUAGCCUCCGGGGCUCUGCGGAGUCUGAUAGGAUGUCUGAGCAACGACGGCCAAGACGUGGACACCGUCAAGGUGGUGCUGGAGACGCUGCUCAUGCUCUUCAACCCCAACGAGGGCAGCCCUGAAGCUUCCGAAGAAAUCGCCUUGUGGUUGGCCGACGAGUUCACCCAGAGACAGGAAAACAUCACGCUCCUGCUUGACUUUUUGGAAACUCCCGACUUCUACGCGCGACUGUACUCCCUUCAACUGCUCAUAGCGAUCCUGUCCGCUCGAACGGAACGCACCGAGGAAUGCGUGUUCACCGCCCCACUAGGCAUCUCGAGGCUCGUGGCCAUACUCGACGAUCGACGAGAAGCUGUCCGAAACGAAGCAGUCACCUUGCUCAUUUACCUCACUCCCUCGAAUGUGGACAUACAGAAGUUGGUCGCUUUCGAAGAUGCUUUCAAGAGGAUAUUCGCAAUUAUCGCCUCGGAUGGGUCCCUCACCGAGGGAGGCCAGAUCGUGGAGGACUGCCUGAUAUUGCUGGCCAAUUUGUUACGGUUGAAUGCCUCCAACCAAACCCAAUUCCGCGAGACAGGAUGCGUCCCGGAACUGGCACAACUGCUCCAGAGCGCAUACAAGCCCCCAGAGGACGGGGAGGAAGUGGCACCUUGGGCGCAGGCACAGCGUAACCGGAAUGUAUAUGCAUUGCUUGCAGUCAUCCGCCUGUUUCUGGUUCGUGGUGCCGUUGGCACCAUGCAAAACCAAAGCGCUUUCUGGCAGUAUCAUCUUUUGUACCACGCCCUGCAACUUGCCUUCAGCCACUCUGCUGAGAACCCUAUCAAGGCCGAGGCACUUGUGACAUGCGCCGAUAUCAUCAGGGCCAACCCAACGCUCCAGGAGAAUUUCGCUCAGCUCCAAGUACCCUCGCCGCUUGAGAGUUCGCAGGAGGGAAAUGGUGCUCAGGCCAACGGUGUCCCCAAAAUCUAUGUCAUUGACGGGCUUCUGGACCUCACCCUAUGCGUUCACAGUUUGCAGGCCUUUGACAUACGAAUGGCGGCUUGCGAAACCUUGAAGGCCUAUUUCUUCAACCACCCCGGGAUUCGCGAGCAUUUCCUUCGGCGUGCCAUCGAAGGGCACAAGUCGGGAACAAUCGAGGCAGCGAAUGUUUUGACAACAUUGCUUCGCUCGCCGACCGAAGAAUCUACAGUUGACCCUUAUAGACACUGGUUCGCAUCAUGCAUAAUGUUGCAUCUCGUUUUCGAAAAUGCAACGACCAAGGAGCUUGCAAGACAGGUUACUGAGGGAGACGAGGCCGAAGGGGAGGAGGUAGUGACAAGCAUCCAGAUCAUCACUGCGCACCUGAUCAGCAGUCUUUCGCGAAAUGAUGACGAGCGCAUCACUAUAGGAUACCUGAUGCUCCUUCUGUGUUGGCUGUUCGAAGAUCUAGAUGGCGUUAACGAGCUGCUAGAGGAAGGCAGCAACGUCCAACGACUCAUACAGACCGUUGUUAAGAACAGCUCCAGUGAGACACUGGUUCAGGGUCUCUGCGCGAUGAUGCUCGGCGUAGCCUAUGAGUUCUCCACCAAAGACUCACCGAUACCACGAGGCACUUUGCAGCCUCUGUUGAUGUCCAACAUGGGCCGCGACAGGUAUAUCGAUAAAAUGAGCAAACUGCGGGCUCACCCACACGUGCGGGACUUCGAGAUGAUCCCGCAAAAGCUUGAUCCCUCGACCGGCAAACUUCCUGAGGUGUACUUCGACGAGACUUUUGUCGAUUUCUUCAAAGAUAACUACAGCAGAAUACUGCGGGCCAUCGACAGGGACCCCGGGAUGGAGAUCUCAGUCGUGACCAAUGGUGUGCAGAAAGGAAUAUCGCGAGAACUUGUCGACUCGCUCCGUGCUCAGCUGGACGAGAAGGAGAAGGCCCUGCAAAGCUGCCAGGCGAGUCUCGCCCACCUUGAGCAACAACUCGGGCAGGAGCGCGCCGACACGAGACGUCUCAAGGAAACCAAUUCAGUGGAGCUUACACGGAUGAAAUCUGUCAACGAGGGCCUGCAGAGGAACCACGAGACUGAGAUCCGGCAGCUGCACGAGCAGUUCAGCGCGAAAGAGGCCGAGCUGCAGAGGCACGUGGAGACGGCGCGGAAAGAAGGCGCCUCCGAGAUCGAAAGACUUCAGAAGAGGGCGGAGGCCUCGCAACAGGAGGCGGCAGCUGAGGUAGAGAAACUUCAGAAGAAGGUCGAGGCCGAUCUCAAAGCAAAGGUGGAAGAGUACGAGAAGCAGCUCAAACUGAAGGAUGAAGAACACCAGAAACAAUUGGCACUGAAGGAUGAGCAACGGACGCGCGAGGUCGAAGAAGCUCGCAAGCAGGCACAAGAGGGCCACAGGCGCAGACAGUCAGAAGCAGAUCGGUCGUCGAGGCGGGCAGAGGCAGAGAAGGCCGAUCUGAAGGCCACCAUCAGCAGGCUCGAGGUGGAUCUUAUGAAGGCCAACAAGAGCAAGACGCAGGAAGCUUCGGCAGCAAAGGAGGCCUCAGAACGCGCUGCAAAGAAAGCAGCUGAGUUGGAGAAGAAGGUCAAGGACCUGGAAACAAAGACGAAAGAGGCCGAGGCCCUCGUCCAACAGAAGGAAACGGAGAAAGAGUCCACGCAGGGCGAGCUGGAUGAUAUGUUGAUGCUCUUUGCCGAUGCGGAAGAGAAGGUAAACAAGUACAAGGAGAAGCUCAAAGCCUUGGGCGAGACCAUCUCGGACGACGAAGACGACGGCGAGGAGGAUGAGGAAGGAGACGGAGAGGCGGAUGAAGAUGGUGCAGAGGAAGACGAAACGUCGGAGAAAGAUGGCAAAGAUGUGGAUUGAACUCUUGAGCCUUGAAUCCACUAUCCUUCUCUUGGCAGCAGGUCAAGCUCUCAGGUGAUGGGGAGCCAAGCGACUGCAUUGACAAGUGGGUAUCAUUGUGUAUCCGUACAAGGUCAAGUCUCGCGGCUCCGAUGAAUCGAUGGCAUUGAGGAAGGCGUUGCACAGUCUGGGAUGGGCUUGAUUGUGUAUGUGGCAUGGCGAUCUGUGGGACUGGGUGUAUAAAGCAUGUGGGAACCAAACCAACAAAAUGGAAUUGACAAAACAACAUGAAAUCAUCACGCCCCCUCAAUAUGGAACUGCCAAAGGAGACAAAUGAUAGCCGGAAAGGGGGGAUCUGCCAGUCCAUAGA